CGCGUCACGGCCGUUAUUUACGUCCGAAGCUGCUCACGAAGACGGUGUUUUGAUUUGAUUCGCAAUUGCCAGCUGAUACUGAUAGUGGCCAAGGCGAAACUCACAUCGCAGUAGGACACUAACUUGUUUUUUUCCUGGAGAAUUUGACGAAAUUUUUUAUCACCAGUUUCGUUCGCAGUUUUUCCGACGAGCAACCGAGUCGUGCGCGCGUAGAGCCAAACCAAAACGUUCAUCGCGUCGAGUUAGAUUCCUUGCUUAUUUAGUUUCGUGUCUCAAUUCGAAUUCUAACCUAUCCAGUGUGUGGUCCUUUUGUGCAAUUGAAGUUUUUCUCGAUGAUGGAAGUUUCUGUGAAAAGUCCUGAGAACAGCUUCAGCUCGAAUCGUUCUGCAUAGUUUGUAUCAGUGUUCUGGAAUUUUCUGUGCGUUGCAACAUGAAUGGGAAGAUGAAUCUGUCGUUUGCGGGGUGUGGGUUUUUGGGAAUUUAUCAUGUCGGUGUAGCCGCUUGCUUCAAGAAAUAUGCUCCACAUCUGCUUGUUGACAAAAUCUCCGGCGCCUCAGCAGGAGCUGUUGCUGCGUGUUGUCUACUUUGCGAUCUACCAUUAGGUGAAAUCACUAGCGAUGUCUUACGAAUGGUCAGAGAAGCCCGCAUGAGGACACUUGGCCCUUUCAGUCCUUCAUUCAAUGUACAAACCGUCCUAAUGGAAGGAUUGCAAAAGGUAUUACCAGAUGACGCUCACAUACGAGUCAGCGGAAAACUCCAUAUCUCUUUGACCAGAGUUUACGAUGGAAAAAAUGUCAUAGUAUCUCAAUUUAAUAGUAAAGAAGACUUAUUGCAGGCAUUGAUGGCAAGUGCAUUCGUACCAAUAUUUUCGGGCUUUUUGCCGCCCCGGUUCCACGGUGUUAGAUACAUGGAUGGUGGAUUCAGUGAUAAUCUGCCAACUUUAGAUGAAAAUACCAUCACUGUUAGUCCUUUUUGCGGAGAGAGCGACAUCUGUCCACGUGAUCCCUCUGCCCAACUAUUUCAUGUAAAUGUAGCCAACACUAGUAUCGAACUCUCCAAACAAAAUAUCUACAGGUUUGCGAGGAUUCUAUUUCCACCCAAGCCAGAAGUGCUGUCGAAUAUGUGCAAGCAGGGCUUUGACGAUGCGUUGCGAUUUUUACAUAGGAAUGAUCUAAUCAGCUGCACACGGUGUUUAGCUGUCCAGUCAACAUUUGUAGUUUCUGAAACAGUUGAAGAGAAAUUCGACUAUGAUCCACAGUGUCCAGAGUGUAAAAUGCACAGACAGGAAGCAUUAGUCGCCAAUUUACCAGAUACUGUAGUCAUGCUGUUCCAAGAUGCCAUCGACUCAGCCAACAAAGGUCUCAUUAACUGGAUUUUCAAGCAUCGUGGAAUGAAACUCCUCUCUAUCCUAAGUCUUCCGUAUACCCUUCCUGCAGAUAUAGUCUAUGCCAUAUUUGCCAAAUUUAUGAGGUCAGCGCCCCGCAUUGGCAACAACCUCCUCCUCAUUAGCAAGUUCCUGUUGGAGCAACUGUCCCUGUUCUUGCACCAGCUGAGCCAGAAAGGCGAGCAGAUGAGCGCCAACAUCUCGUGCCAGCUAGCUGUGUCGGAGUAUGGAAGCAAGUCUGAGUCAACACACGACGUCGUCAAGAACAAGAUGAACCUGAACUUCUCACUGAACAUGGAGGAUAAGGGCAAAGAUGAGUGCGACAUCUCAGGCAAGAAGUGCUUGUCGCGGAAGCCCAGCUUCAGUGUCAACCAUUCAUCAAACCCUGCUAUCGAUGACGACACCUUUGACCAUAUUCUGCAGGUCACAGCCCAUCAUGAUGCACUCAUGGCGUUCUACUACAUGGACGAGAACAAUAAGGUGAAAGUCACAGAAAUAUUUGACGUAACUGAGGCUGAUGAAAACGCAGAGUCAAACAACGUGACCGAGCUGAGAGAACAGACUGACGAAACUAGGAUACUAAUGGAUGAGGAUGAUUGCGAUGAGUGGGGUGAUGAAAAUGAACCCCUCGCCAAUGCAUGGGUUACGUCUAACAGUGAAGAAGGAUUAGACGGCUAUGAUGCAGAGGACGACAACAGUGUGAGCUCUCUGGACGAUGCCGAUGACUAUCGCCGCGAAAUGAGCACGAUAUUCUCUGACGCCGAAAGUGAGUGGAGGGAAAGCAACCAGACGCCUUUGACGAGACAAUACAAAUCAGAAUCUAAGAUCAGAAUCGACUCGCGCCCCGAGUCAGACCAAAGCUCCAAAAGCGAAACUAGUCGCCCAAAGAAAACUUCGUACUGAGCGGAAAACUGUUCUGCGCAUCCUAACUCUUGUUUUACUUAAUUUUUUGUUGUGUUUCUGGUCUUUUUACUGAAAUCAUUACCAUUCAUGGGAUCUGUUUUAUUUCAUCACUUGUAACAAACAUGUUUGAUGCAAAAGAGGGUUUAUUUUGCAUCCAUUUUUCCUCAAAGAGUUCUUCUCAAAGAUAAAUUGUUAUAGAUAGAUACAAAUCAUCAAGAAUUAUAAAAUACUCUGCUGAAAUUGUAGUUUUGCUUUGAUUUACAGAUAAAUUUAGAUAUUUUUUUUAGAUUUUGCAAAUUUUCUGUUGAUUUUUUUCAUUUUAAGCCCUCUUUUGCAUCGAAUGCAUGAAUUGACACUCGUGUAACAUAUUUUACUUUUUGGAUUUAAAGCCCUCUCUUGCAUCAGACGCAUGAAUUGACACUCGUUUAACAUUUCUUGUUUGUAUUAUUUUGCGGUUUAAUUGACCUGUAGCAAUUCUAAUGAAUUUUGUAAGUUUGUUCCUUGAGAAUUUUCCUUACCAAUAUUUUCCCUGUUAUUGAAUUUUGUCCACCAGAUUCCCCAUUUUUCUUCACCACUUUUGUGUGGUGUUUUUUAAUCCCUGGUAUUUUUUAUUGACAAUUUUUUCGUUGUUCAGUUUUUUGGAUUCACUCGGUACAUAUAUAAAACAUUUUUUUGACGAUUGAUACUUUAGUGUUUUCCACUACUGACGGCUUAGUCAUUUUCCAUAAACAUGCUCUUUUCCUUCCUUUCUUCUAAAAACUAUUUAAAAGAAAAUAUGCAGUGUAAAGAAGAAAGAAAUAGGGAAAAAGAAAACUGAAUCAUGUCCAAUUAUUCUGCAAAAUACAUAUUCUCCUUGCACUAUGCAAAAGCCUAAUCACAGCUUGAAAAAUUAAACACAUGAUAUAUAAACUCAUUAUUCCUGACCAAUGACUGAAUUACCAACUUUCUCGACUGUUUUUGUAAAUAUGUAUAUUUUUGUAAUUUGUGUUGUUUAUCAAGGCAUUUUUGAGAUUUUUUAGUGAUUCAUUCAUUGUAGAUCUGAAAUAUCGCCUUCAUCUUCUCAUCGUUGCCUUCGAUGGGAACAAUGAUUUCAAAACCCUGUUUCAUUUUAAGUUUGACCAAAUUCAUCCCUUGACUUAAAUCCUGAAUCCAUAGUCCCCUUGCUUUCGUACUUUUUUAGAGUGUUUUUUAACCAAGAGCAAUAUCAUUUCAAAAUUUUCUGUAUUGUAUUGGUCUCGUCAAAACGCCCUAAUUCAAAACUUCGAAAACAGUAUUUCAUUUUUGGAGUCUCAAUCAAGGUAUUGAGAACCAGAAUAGCAUUUUCCUGUUUCCUUUACCCUCUGUUUUUCACUCUAUCCGAUUCUAAAAAGUUUUUAGAAUUGAACGCUUCAAGUAUAUGCACAUUUUCUGGACCGAUCGGGUUGUGAAGUAAGAACUCAAAUUUAAGAGUUUAACCAUUGAAAAAUACAUAUUAUCAUGUAGAAUAUUGUAGUAAUUGUUUUGCCCUUAAUAUUGAGGUUUGGACAGAUUUAUUGCGCUGAAGGUCCAUAAAAAGAAAUUGGGUACUGUAUUUAAGUUUUCAGAACUGGUAGAGAAAGUUUCGGAGGAUGUUCAUCAAUCAAUCAUUCAUUACCUUCAAUCAAUAUGUUGUCCUCUGCAUAAAGAUAUGUAACUUUUUCAGUACUUUUUAUCAGCAUUUUACUUUUUCAUAGGAAAACUGUCGCAUGAAUUUGGCUGAAAUUUUCUGUAAUUUUUCCUUACUUUUGUAAGAAUAGAUCCUAAAAUUUUCAGAAGAAUUCACGUAACAGUUCCUUUAUGAAAAAAUGAAUUCUUCAAUGGAAUACUGAAACAGUGCGACCCAAGAUCCGUUUCUUCGUGCAGUAGACAUAAAGUAAUAGCAAGACCUGGCUUUGGAAUUUUAUUUUAACUCUUGUAUUUGUGAUAAGUCUCUUUAAGUGCCAAUUUAGAUGAUGUUAUGCAUGUUCUUGAAUAAACAGUCAUGUCUCAUGAAUUAAUUUAUUUGUCCUCUCGUAAGUUACUCAUUAAUUUGAGGCUUGUUGUAAUUUUAAAACUAUUCAUUCGUUUAUUUAUUUGAUCCAUGAUCAUUUUAAUAUUGUGAUAAGUUGAAAAAAUGUAUUUUGCUUGUUUUCAUCUCAUGAUAUAGUCUUGUCAGUUUUGCAUCGUAAAGUUUAUCAUUGUUAUAUCAUUAAUUUAUUUAUUUUUUUGUAAGAGAUGGAAUAGAUCUAUUUUGUAAAUUUGAUUCGCCCUGUUAGUACUAUUAUUGCUUUUUUAAGCUUUCUUCUUAUUCAGUAUGUACGUCUCCCUUCAUUUUUAUAACUGUUCCUAAUUCGUUCCUCCCAUAAAAAUAAGUUGAUUGUCAUAACAAUCUUACAUGAUAAUGUCUUUCACAAUGACUCUUAAAGCGUUCAAUCUUGAAUAUCUAAAAUGUCCAUAAUGUAUCAAUUUUUCAACAAUCUUGACCUCUUUACUUUAACUCCAUAACGCAAAAACAGGAAAGUUUGUAACUGUCACUUUUCAAAAACAUUCUUUUUCAAAAGUCUUUUUAUUUUUUUCUCUGUUAAUAGUUUGAUGCUGAUUGGACAAUCGUUGUUAUUAUUUAAUUUUUUUUUCUUUACAUUUUAAAUCUUUUUACCAUUCCAAGAAAGUCUGUGAUUAUUUAUUGAGAUUUUUGAAUAAGAAGAAACAAAUAGGUAAUGAAUACUAAGUGAAUUAUGUUUUAACAGAUAAAUCUUUUUUUAAAAUACC